AUGACAACCCAAGGCCCAACCCCGAUCCCACCCACGACAAUCCAGUCGACCCAGACAAUCAGCCAGGCCGCCGCACACGAUUUCCUAGCCGCCUACCUCGACCGAGCAACCAACGACCCAGCACUGCAGCCGAACGCCAGCAUCAGCGAGCACGGCCCAGUCUCGCGCACGACCGCCGCGGCGCCGAACCUCAUCCUGCACAAUCUGAAGCGCGUGCAAGCCGGUUUGGGCGGCGAGACGCUGGGCCGCGACUUGACCGUCGCCAAGCAGAACCCCGGCGAAGACUACCUGGAUGUCGGGACCGGGGCUGCUGUGCCGGACACCGCCGCGGCUGACGGUCAAGGCCAGGCUACGGAUGCGGAUGGUGACCAGGCUAUGAUGCAUGGUGGUGAUGGCGGUGACUUUGUGAAUGGGGAUACGGAGCUGCAGGGCGAGGCGGAGGCCUUUGCAGAGCAGGAAGGGAAACAGGCGGUUUUGGAUAAGGAGGAGAGGAAGAGGAAGAAGAAGGAGCGGCGGCAGGCUGAGAAGAAGGCUAAGGCGAAGAAGGAUGGUGAUGACAAUUAA